CGAGCGGCGCCUUUAAGGCCUGUCGGUUUCUGUUUCGCUCCGCGGGCGUGGGGCCUGCGCGGCGGCCGCCGCCGCCAUCAUGGAGCCGCAGCCCGACAGCCUGGAGGGGUGGGUGGCCGUGCGUGACACCGCCUUCGCCGAGUCUCAGCCGCCGCGGCUCCGCUUUCUUGUGGGCUGGAACGGCGUGGAGGGUGCGUUCGCCGUGACCUGCCACGGCCGGGCGGAGGCGGCAGCGCAGGCCCCGCAAAGCUGGGCCGGCCUCUUCUCGGCGUCGGCCCUACGCGGCAUUCACCGGCAGCUGGCGGCCGUCUGCUCACGCCUGGAGUCCGCCUUCCCCGCGCUGCCGCCCACGCUGCCCGGCGCUGCCGGCGGCGGCGGCGGGGGGCUCUGGGCUGUGCUGUUCCCCGGUGGUGCGGCGCCGGGGGAGGCCGAGGUGCAGGAGCUGUGCCGGGAGCUGGAGCGCUACCUGGGCUGGGCCCUGGAGCUCUGCGGCGGCCGUGUGGUGCUGGACGCCCUCUUUGCCGCCGACCGCCGCCUCCGCGAUGAUGAGUACUUCGAGAGUCUCCACGAGCUCCGUGGGAGGGCCCUGCGCGGCCACCUGGCCCGGGCCAAGGAGGCCCUGCGGCUGGUUCUUCAGCAGCAUGAAAAUGCUGACACAAUGGUGGCUUUGAUGAAGGUUUAUGAAGAAGAAGACGAAACUUAUCAGGAUUUGGUCACCAUGGCAACACAAUUCUACCAGUAUUUACUGCAGCCCUUCAGAGAUAUGCGAGAGCUGGCGACACUGUACAAACUGGAAAUCCUGAAAUCUUUGCAGUAUGAUAAUUUGGGGCCUAAAAGAGUAGCAGCUUUGCAGAAAGAUGCUGAAGUAUGGACUAAGCGAGCUGAGAAUGCUGUGUGCUCCAUUCAGGAUAUCACUGUGAACUACUUCAAGGAAACCGUAAAGGCUCUGGCAGCAAUGCACAAACAGAUGGAACAAGAUCAGGAAAGAUUUGGUAAAGCCACGUGGGCAUCUGCUUUGCCACGGCUAGAAAACCUGAAAUGUAUGUUAGCUAAAGAAACCCUUCAGCAUCUGAGGGCCCGAGAGUUGUGCCUGAAACAGAAGAGAGCUGGCAUUCAGAAAAAUUUGGAGAACCUCAGUGAACAAGAAGAGAACUUAACUGUAGUGGAGGAGCUGGAAAUACAAUAUUAUGAAAUGCAGCUGGAAUUAUAUAAUGUACAGCUUGAAAUAUUGAAACAUGAAGAGAUGCUGCUUAUUGUACAGUUGGACACUUUAAGGAGACAGAUUAAAGAGAAACAGGAUGAAGUUGUUUACUAUGAUACAUGUGAAAAUCCUGAGGAGCUCAAGGUCAUUGAACAGACAAUGGGACAACAUUACGCUAACUUGUCAGAAAUGACGGUGCUGAGGCAGAAGACUAAGCAGUUGGAGUCAAAGCGUGGGACUGUCUGUGCCAGGAGAGCCUACCUCAGGAACAAAAAAGAUCAAUGUGAAGCAAGCCAUCGUCAGAGACUGCAACAGGCAGAGGAAAGCAAAAAACGCUUCCAGCAGCAUCACAGCAUACAGAUAAAGAGAGACAAGCAAAAAGAGGAGGAGAAAAAGAAAAAAGCUUGGAUAAGCCAGGAACGUCAGAAAACACUGGAGAGGCUGAAAACAUUCAGGGAGAAGUGUCCAGCUCAUGUUGUUCUGAAAACAUCUCGUCCCCAGCCUCUCAGUCCCAAGUUGCCACAAAGCAUCACUCAGCAGGCUGCAGUACUGUCCUGUCCACCUUCGUUGAGAACAAGGGCAGCUCCAGAGCAGCCAAAGAGCAUACUGCUAGUAGAAGCCAAAGAAUCAAAAGCUUCAUAUCAGAAUACCCCAGCAGAUAUCCCUGUCCAGAUUUUUGUUACUGAUGGCAACACAGAGCUACAGAAGCACAGCGAGGGGUUGAUGGUCUCUCCAUCCUUGCUGCCACCACCACCACCUCCUCCACCCCCUCCUCCUUUACCCCCUCCUUCUCCACCUCCCCCCUUACCUCUCCAGUUAAAGACACCAUCAUCACCAGAGGAUGAACCACUUCCCCUUAGCUCUGAUAGCCCCACAGAAAGCCCUGCACUGCACAAACAGGAUGACUCAUCCAGGAGGUGUAUAAAUAAUUACAUAGGGUCCUGAUGCUCAGAGUGUGUGACUCCGUGUUUUUGGGGAAGUGCUGUCAAAUUGGACAGGUCAAUUUUUUAGGACAUUUGAACUUGAAUCUCUGCUGGAAUCCUACAUUUAUUAGGUACAGCCUUACAGGUUAGUUUAAACGAUGAUUAAUCACAGCACUUCUAGUUCUGUGGAGAUCUUAAUUCAGGACCUGCAUUUCUCAUGACACUGAAAACCCCACUGCUGUAAUAGGUAGGAAGGUGUCAGAAGAAAGGAGAGGGUGUUUAUUCAUGUUGUUUGGUGAGAAGCAACUUUUAUUAUCAGGUUUGUUCUUGCCAUAAUUUUGCAACUUUCGAACCGAAUGUGGUAUUUUGAUUGAGGAUUAGUCACCUGUCCAGUCAGAAGACCACUUUGGGUAGAUUUGUAGUUGUAGUAAGGCUACACUUUAGUGUUUAUGAUUUAUGUACUACAGAGCUAGCAGUUGGACUGCUUGCAUUUCUAAGGUAUGCACAGCGUGCGUCCACUUACAAUUUGCUUGGUUUCUAAAUAAAGAUUUCUUAAGAGAGUUCAUGCAGAAUUCCACCAGGAUUUGAAAGGCAGAUGGAUAGUUUUGGCAUACUAAUAUUCCUAGGGCAAAAAUUCCGCACUGUUACACCUCUGCUUUGUUAGCAAGAUCAUGCAGGUGUAAUUGAAGGCUGAACUCAGCAAUUGAAACAGUAGUUUGAAUGAGAAUAGAGCUCAGCAGCCUCCCAAGGCUGCACUGGUUACAUCCUGCUAACAGGCUUAUUUUUAUCUCUAAAGCAAGCAGAUAUUUUGACUAUGUAAGGGAGAUUGAUCUAAGUUAGAAGGCAGCAAUUUUUUAUUGUCAUUUUUCACAGUGGAGCUUAUGCUAGAAUGAAGCAUGUCUUUAAAUGUGGUACAUUCCUUUUCAGACUAUUCACAAUACAUCUACGCAGCCUUUGUAUCCUCUCAGUUAAGAGGCAAACCACAGGCAGGAAUAUCAGGGAAAGUUCAGCAUUUUCAGCUCUUCCAAGGUGUGGGGAAGUAGAAGCAGCUGAAGGGCUGAGACGCAGUCGAGUUACUGUGACAAACUACUGUGCAUCCUGUGGAUUAGCAUGCGGACUUCAGUCUGGGAGGUCUGUGGGAUAACUCUACCACAGAUACUCUUAAGAAGCUUUGAUUAACAAAUAGGAGUUGUACACCAGUGUAGUCUGCUACUGGAACAGCCUUGCUAGUAGUUAAUAUUUACUACCAUUUACAGUCUAACAUUGAUGUCCUUUCAUUAUUUUUGGAUAAGAACAAUCCUUUUUUGUUUAUUGGAGAAAUCCAAUUGGUUGUUUUUGCCUAUUUCAUGAAGAAAAAACAUGUUAAUUGCUGUAAUAGUAAUCAAUAAAAUACUGCCACAGGAACUUACUGAAA